GUCACUCCCUCUCUCUCUCCUCCCUCUCUCUUCGGUGAGCCGCUACCGCCCUCUUACCCUCUCUCUAACUCACCGACAGGUCGGCGGCACCCCCCAAUUCGGCGAAACCCCUCCCCGCUUGCCCUCCCCGAAGACGCCCCUGAUACCCUUAGAAGGUUUCUGUCAAAACCCCACUCUCUUCCGCCGGGACCACCCGGAUUACCUAUAAUCGGAAACUUGCACCAGCUGGACACCUCCGACCUCUCAGACUACCUAUGGCGUCUUUCAAAACGUUAUGGCCCGUUAAUGUCUCUUCGCCUUGGUCAUGUCCAAACACUUGUUGUUUCUUCGGCAGACAUGGCGAAAGAGAUCUUGAAAACCAAUGAUUUGGUCUUCUGCACAAGGCCCAUUUUAACAGGCCAACAGAAGUUAUCAUACGAUAACAAAGACAUAGCUUUGUCACCUUACAACGAGUAUUGGAGACAGAUGAGAAAGAUCUGCACCCUUCAUCUGUUUUCGAUGAAACAAGUGAACUCAUUUCGUUUGGUUCGCGAACAAGAGGUGUUUGACAUGAUCGCUCGGAUGAAGACUCGAAGUUCUACGAAACAAGCUAUAAAUUUAAGUGAAGAUGUUACGAUUCUUAAUAGCAAUAUUAUUUGUAGGGUGGCUUUUGGGAAAAGACCAUCUGCAUACAAUUAUAGAAAAAAAGGGACACGAUUUGGUGAGCUUAUGUUGGAGUGUCAAGUGAUGUUUGCUUACUUCUUUUAUAGGGAUUAUUUUCCUUUAAUGGGAUGGCUUGAUAAACUCAAUGGAAGCAUUGCUAGACUCGAAAAGACCUUCAAAGGCAUGGGUGAGUUCUAUCAGGAAGUGAUUGAUGAGCAUUUGAAUCAAAACCGACCAAACAAAACGCAAGAUGAUAUGGUUGAUAUCUUGCUUAAACUCAAGCAAGAUUAUUCAAAUGAUCUCACUUUUGAUCAUGUAAAAGGGGUACUUAUGAAUAUCUUGUUAGGGGGGACCGAUACAAGUUCUUCAACAGUGGUCUGGGCGAUGACUAUGCUCAUGAAAAACCCUGAUUCUUUGAAGAAACUUCAACAAGAAGUGAGGAAUGCAGUAGGAACGAAAGGGAAAGUAGAAGAAGAUGAUCUUUAUAAGCUUGACUAUCUAAAAGCGGUAAUCAAGGAGACACUUAGACUAUACCCAGUCUUACCACUUUUAGUCCCACAUGAAUCUCGAGAUCGAUGCGUUUUAGAGGGAUACGAGAUACCAAAGAAGACUAUGGUGUAUGUGAACGCAUGGGCGGUUGGGCGAGACCCUAAAUUCUGGGAACGACCUGAAGAGUUCAAGCCAGAAAGGUUCAUGGGUAGUAAUGUUGAGUAUAAAGGGGUAGAUUUUGAAUGGAUCCCGUUUGGUUCGGGUCGGAGAGGUUGUCCAGGGAUGUUGUUGGGAGCUACGGCGGUGGAGAUGGCUCUUUCGAAUCUUGUUUAUUCGUUUAAUUGGGAAUUGCCAGAAGGGACUAAAGACAUUGACACUUUGAAGACUGAGGGGACCGUAAUGUUUAAGAAGAAUGUGCUUCUACUAGUCGCUAAAGUCCCCGAUAAUGGCUGCAAGAGUUUACUAAAUCUCAACGAGGCCAAGUGAUUACCUACCUUGGAUAUACAGCACUCUAAAACAAGUGUUCUUUAUCUUAUUCUGGUUUGUACGUCCUUGUGUGGUGUUAUGUAGUAAUAAAA